AGAAGGGUGUCUGUACUUAGUAACGUACGUUGAACCCAUAGUCCCCUACAAACCAUGUCCAACGGUGCCUUAUCACCUCCAAUUUCUGCCAGUGGUGCAAAACCUCCUUUCACUCGACCCACUGCAAAUUUUCAUCCCUCCAUUUGGGGCUAUCGCUUUCUUUCUUAUGUUCCCUCUUCCUCUGAAAGUGAUAGCCGUAUUCAAGAGGCUAAUCUAUUAAAAGAGGACGUGAGGAAGAGGCUUGUCUCACCUAUUGAUGAUACCAAUUUCUCUCUUAAAUUGAACUUCAUUGAUUCAGUCCAACGUUUGGGUGUGUCUUACCAUUUUGAGCACGAAAUUGACAGCGUUUUAUGUCAAAUUUAUGACAUUUCAACAAAGGACAAUAAUAUCAUAGCUCACUGUGAUGAUCUUUACUGUACGGCUCUACUCUUUCGGCUGCUUAGACAACAUGGAUAUCGCAUUUCUUCAAGUGUAUUUUUCAAAUUCGAAGACCAAACCGGAAAGUUUAAGGAAAGUUUAACGGAUGAUAUUGAAGGAAUGUUAAGCUUGUAUGAAGCAGCCCAACUAAGAUGUCAUGGAGAAGAAGUACUUGAAGAAGCACACAAUUUCAGUAUGGAGCAAUUAACUAAGUCUAUAACCACCCAACUAAGUUGUUCUCUUGUGGCACGAGUUCAGCAUAACUUAAGACAAUCACUUCGCCGAGGUUUGCUUAGGUUGGAGACAACAUAUUUUAUGUCUUUAUACGAGGAAUAUCCAUCUCAUGACGAAAAAUUGCUAACAUUUGCAAAAUUAGAUUUUAACAAGUUGCAGGAGCUACAUUUGAAAGAACUCAGCAGUAUAACCAAAUGGUGGGAUAAGGAUUUAGAUGUCUCAUCCAAUUUACCUUUUACACGAGAUAGGAUCGUAGAAUGUUAUUUUUGGGCAUUGGGGGUGUACUUUGAACCACAAUAUUCAAGAUGGAUAACAACAAAAUUAGCAGCUUUAGGUACCAUCAUUGAUGACAUCUACGAUGCUUAUGGAACCAUAGAAGAACUUGAGCUUUUCACCAAUGCAAUUGACAGGUGGGAUAUUCGUUGCUGGGUUGAUCUCCCAAAUUACAUGCAAUUAUGUUAUAAGGCAAUUUUUGAUGUAUAUGAAGAAAUUGACCAGGAGAUGAGAAAGCAAGGAAAAGUAUAUUGCAUUAACUAUGUCAAGAAAGAGAUAAAAAGACUAGUCCAGGCUCAGAUGGUUGAGGCAAGAUGGUGCCAUUCCAACCACGUUCCAACAGUGGAGGAAUACAUGCAAGUAAGAACAACGUCCAGUGGUUACCCUCUCUUGAUUACCUCAUCCUUCCUAGGCAUGGAAGAUACAACAGAGGAGAUCCUUCUAUGGGCAACGAAUGAACUAGUAAUUAUUGCAGCUUCUAUACUUCUGCUUAGGAUCAUGGAUGACAUUGUUGGAGAUGAGUUUGAACAGGAGAGACAACAUGUUGUUUCAAGCAUUCAAUGUUAUAUGAAGGAGCAUAAAAUCUCUAGGAAAUGUGUCAUUGAAGAACUACGCAAGUUAGUUGAGAAUGCUUGGAAGGACAUAAACGAUGCAUGCUUAGCUCCUACUCAAGUACCAAUGAAUUUUCUUAUGCGUGUGGUCAACUUUGCACGUGUGAUCGACGUGCUUUACAAAGACGAAGAUAUCUAUACAAAUGCAGAAGGGAUAAUGAAAGAUCACAUUGAAGCUUUAUUAGUUAAAAAGAUGUACGUAUAAACUACAAGCUUUUGGUCUUUAAUUAAUUGUUUAAUAGGU